GAGGGAGGGAGGGAGGGAGGGAGAUUCUCACCUGGAACUGGAAAUUCUGCUUUCUCAAUUUUUUUGGAAAAAGAAAAAUCUUGGGCAUUACUAAAUUGCUCCUCUGUUCCUAUAAAAAGUCCCUGUGGAGUUUUUGUAGAAUCACAGAGAUUCGUGACGAUGAAUAAUACAUCAACCUCGCAAUCCAGUGGAGACUGUGAGUCUGGUUGGACUGUCGCGCUGGAGCAAUGGCAGGGAGAAGAGCACAAGAACUACACUUACACGAGGUCGAGAAGAGGCAAAACCGAGAAGGAAGGAGAGGAGAAUUCGUCCAUGGUCUCUGACGCGUCCUCCGGUCCUCCGUUCUAUGAAGUCGAGGAGGACUCAUACAACGAGAACGAGCGCUCUUCGUUCGGCCCUGGCUCGAGAAAGCUCAGUUUCGGUGGUGGCAAGAAGAAGGAGAAGGCGAAAGAGCACGGGAGAGAGGAGCAGCCGCAGCAUUUGUGCUAUGAGGACACUGCAACCUCCAUUCCAAUGAGCUUCAGCAAGAAGAAAUAUUCUCAAAUGGACAAUGAUGCAGCCAAGGCAAAGGGUAAAUCUGAGCUGGAGAAGCACCACCAUGAGAAAGCUGCUUCCGAGACAAAGGGAGGUUUGAAAGGCAAGUUUUGGUAAUACAAUGGUGUGACCUGUCUCGAUGUAAAGAGGAUGCUCAACCUGAGAGAAGAUUGUGUCUACCUUUUCUCUCUUUAUCCGAACUUCUUUUUCUUUCCAACCUUUGACCUUCGGUGCAGGGGAAACCACCUGGGGCAAAUAAAAUAUCUUUGUAUGGUUGCUUUCUAGGUGUCCAAAAAGCCACAUUCAUCAGGCAGCCGCUAGUUCUGUAUCUAAGGAAUUCUUCUGUGGUUCUUUCGUAUUAUGCAAAAACAAAAAUUUGCGGACCUGUAAUUAUAAUAUUGUAUCCUGAUUAGCAAGGGCGUUGCCCAUGCCUGA